CAGGGGAAAAGUGUUGGGAGAUCUACAAAGUGGAAUUUUUUCCCCUCCCUUUUCUCCCCCUUCACUUUCUUUCUCUCUCUCUCUCUCUCUCUUGCCGACUUUGUAAAAAUCCUUCAACUUUGCAGAAAACCUCUUUGUUGUUCUUAACCCAAUCUAGGAAGACGAGGGUAGGGGGGAAAAUACAGCCAGUGCCGACCCAAGCGCAGUCUCUUCUCGACAAAGCCCAGCUCUACCUGCUUCCGUGCUCCUCUAGACGUUUUUAAUUUGCUGCAGAUAAUAUCAGGACAGGCGAGAGCAGCUCGGUCCCUACUUUGCUGCCUUUUCCAGCCUCUUGCCGACCUUACUUUUGAGUAGGGCGUGUGGAUUAUUGUGUACGUCUUUGCGCAGGCACUCCAAAACUAUCCUUGCUGCUCCCCCCCUCCGUUCCAGUGAGUUUUUGGGGGGGGAGGAAAAAAAACUCCAACCUGUUGCAUCUGCAAUUUUUUUGCAACUGCAGAUUUUGACAGCCUGUUGAAAUUUUUGGUUUUUUAAUUCUACUGAAUCGUUUGGAAGCGGAAAAGCUUUUGGGGGGAAUCUAAGGAAGGAAAAACUUUUUUAAAAAUUAAUUUUCUUUAAAAAGACGCUCCAUACUGUCUGGUUUGCCAGCGACAGUGUGCCUUUGAGUGCCCCGAAGAUGCUCUUGAGACAGGUUUUUCUCUUCUGCCUGUGCCUGGGGCUUUCUCAAGGCUUGGGCUCCUUUGUGCACUGUGAACCUUGCGAUGAGAAAGCCCUCUCCAUGUGCCCUCCCAGCCCUGUGGGCUGCGAGCUGGUGAAAGAGCCCGGCUGUGGAUGCUGCAUGACAUGUGCCCUGGCGGAAGGGCAGUCGUGCGGAGUGUACACUGAGCGAUGCGCCCAAGGCUUGCGCUGCCUGCCACGCCAAGGCGAGGAGAAGCCCUUGCAUGCACUGCUCCAUGGUCGAGGGGCCUGCCUUAAUGAAAAGAGCUACAGGGAGCAAGCCAAAAAUGAAAGGGAAUCCCGAGAACAUGAAGAGCCAACUACAUCAGAGAUGGCGGAGGAGACCUACUCAUCUAAAAUGUACAGGAGCAAGUCCCAUGGGCGCCUCUCUGAUUUAAAGGUUGAAGCCCUGAAGAAGGAUCGCAGGAAGAAACUAACUUUAUCCAAGUUUGUUGGUGGGGCAGAAAACACAGCACACCCUCGGGCUGCUGCCCCUGAGCUAAGACCAGAAUUUGAACUGGGCCCUUGUCGUAGACAGAUGGAAGCAUCCCUGCAGGAGCUUAAAUCUAGCCAGCGAAUGAUCCCCCGGGCUGUCCAUCUUCCGAAUUGUGACAGGAAAGGGUUCUACAAAAGGAAACAGUGCAAGCCAUCCAAGGGCCGAAAACGUGGGCUCUGCUGGUGCGUGGACAAGUAUGGACUGAAGCUGCCAGGAAGUGAUUAUGUAACUGGAGACCUCCAGUGUCACAGCUUUGACAGCGGCAACACUGAAUGAAUGUCCCUCUUGCCUUUCUCUGCCAGAGCCUUUCUCUAUCCCCAGCCUACACCUCGUGACGCCCCAGGAGACUGAUUCCUUUACUCUCAUUAAGAAUCUGAGAACCUCGGAAUCUACAGCACAUUGUCUACUCCUCUCAACAGCAAAAGACUAAAAAAGAAAAGGCAACACAUUAAGCCAAAAAAAGAUAAAGAUGACAACAAGCCAGCCAGCUCCCUUAGACCAUGGCCCUCAAGAAUCCCACAGGCCACCUUACUUGCAAGCAGCCCCAAGUCCAUUCUGACAGCAUCAAUGUAGGAAGCUCUCAGAAGCACUUGAAUUGUCUUACUGUUCUUUUAAUGUUGCGGGUAUAAACCCUUCACAUUUCAGACAUGAGCUAGUUUUACAAGCAGAAACUUAGGACAAGAAGGACUUUCACUAUUCAGGUCUUUUUGGUAUUCUGGUCUGUCAGGGGGGUUUAAAAUUUCUUUCAUUUUUUGUUUCCUUGCUCUCCCAUCACAGACUCAACUUCAGUCCUCUCUUUUCUCUCUCUGUCUCUCACUCUCGCUCCUUUUCAUGAAAAGCAAGUGUAUCGGAGCAAAAAGAAUGUACAACAGGCAGGACAAAUUAAAGCAACAGUUAGAAGUCAACUCAAAA